CUAUCAAGUGUGUCAGAAGAUGAGUUCUCAACAAUAUCCACGACCGGGAAUACCUCCUAGUAUGGGACAAAACCAGACUCCUGGAGGAAACACGGCAAUGGUGUCUGGUAGUCAACCAAACACAGCAGGUAACAUCAUGCAACCUGCUAACCCACAGCAGAACUAACUCACUUUGUAUCACAGCUUUCACAACUAUUUGCAGUGGUCAGUCAGUGUGUGUGAAAUCAUUGGUCAGUCAAGUCUGCAGUGGUGUAAACUACUUAAAUAAAAAUACUUCAAAGUACUACUUAAGUAGUUUUUUGGGGUAUCUGUACUUUAGUAGUUUUUUUUUUUGACAACUUACUUUUACUUCACUACAUUCCUAAAGAUAAUAAUGUACUUUUUACUCCAUACAUUUUCCCUGACACCCAAAAGUACUCAUUACAUUUUGAAUGCUUAGCAGGACAGGAAAAUCGUCUAAUUCACACACUAAUCAAGAGAACAUCCCUGGUCAUCCCUACUGCCUCUGAUCUGGUGGUCUCACUAAACACAUACUCUAUUCAUAAAUGAUGUCUUGGUGUUGGAGUGUGCCCCUGGCUAUCCAUAAAUAAACAAAAACAAGAAAAUUAUGCUGUCUGGUUUGCUUAAUAUAAGGAAUUUAAAAUGAUUUAUACUUUUACUUUUGAUACUUAAGUAUAUUUUAGCAAUGACAUUUACUUUUGAUACUUAAGUAUAUUUAAAACCAAAUACUUUUAGACUUUUACUCAAGUAGUAUUUCACUGGGUGACUUUCACUUUUACUUGUCAUUUUCUAUAAAGGUAUCUCAAGUAUGACAAUUGGGUACUUUUCCUACCACUGCAAGUCUGCUUCAUAAAAAGUAACUCCAACUCUUUGUACCACAGGUGGGGCAGAUGAUGGCAACCGUGACCCUCACCCAGACCACGGUCCUCGUGACCACCCCAGCAGUGGUGGUGGAGCAUCGACCUUCAGAGAUGACAAGCAGGAGACAGUGGUGGUCCGGCCUUACCCCCAAGCCCAGGUCCAUGGACCCCCCCAGGGUCACCCCACUCCAGCAGGGCACCUGCCCCUCCAGCAGGGCAUGCCCGUCACAGUGUCAGCCCCUCCACCACACAUCCCCCAGGGCCUGCCUCUGGCUUUCACUGAAGGGCCCAUGAAGGUAUGGAUGGGGGAGCUCAGAGCUCUGUCUGCUGCAUUAGCCCUCUCUCUCUGUCUUGAGCUGACUUUAUCUCAUCUUCUCUCUUCUCUCAUCUCUCCAUGCCUUUUCUUAGGUGCAGCCAGCUCUGAAGUCCCCCAUGCCCGGUCGAGUGAUCGCCCCAGCACCAGCCAACACCCAGGGCCACAUCGCCCUGCCACCCAAGGUGCCAAGCCACGUCACUGUAACCAUGGAGAGCACUGUGCCUCAGACCGCCGGCAUCCCUGUUGCAACUAUCAGUGGCCAACAGGUAAGGACUGGUGUUUGUAGUUGUAAUACACCCCAGCAAUAAUAUACCCUAUUGAGGUCUACCCAAUGUGAUGACAUGAUGAAAAAUGUGGUUCCAAAUCUAUAAUGCUUUGUGUCCAUGGGCGUGGCGUUUCCAGGGCAACCCCAGUAACCUGCACCAUCACCUGAUGACAACCAACGUGCAGAUCAUCCGCAGCAACGCCCCGCCCCUGCAGCUCGGCUCCCCUGGAACCCCCCAGCACACCUUCACCUCCCAUCUGCCCAGAGGUCAGUCAGUGCCCAAGACAGCAUAGUAGCAUAGUUGAUGUACCUUGACCAUUUUCAGAAUUAUAAAAAGUUUAUAAUUCUGAAAAUGGUCAAGGUACUGACAAAAAAAAUGCACCCUAGUGGUUUGUUCAUAUUUUAACCUACUGUAGGUCCUCAGCAGAACCAUCCUAAGAACAGACAUGGCUAACUGUUGUUCAUGUGUGUUUCCAGGAGCUGCUGCAGCUGCUGUGAUGUCCAGUUCCAAAGGACAAACAGUGCUGAGACCUGCUACAGGCCCUGGUGGUGGCACUGGCCCACCUACUGUCCAGCACAUCAUCCACCAGCCCAUCCAGUCCCGCCCUAUAGUCACAACGUCCACAGCUGUGAUGCCCACGGUAGUUGCCCCAUUAACGGCCACCAGGCCUCAGUCCCCAGUGGUUAGCUCAGCCACGCACUCCGCAGAGAUGGUUCAUGGGUAAGGAAAAUAAACACAGUAUGACAUGCUGAAAGCGUUAAUCAUUUUUUACUGUUUCUUUUGUAAAUGGAUCUAGAUGACUCCCGCUGAGAUAGUUAAUUUUAGGGAGCCCAAUACUAUUCCAGCUAUUGCAAGUGUACGUAAAACCAAUGUUAACUAUCCUCUUGCUCUCUUCCAUCAGGCGUCCAGGACUGAAUAUCCACCCCCCUCCAGCCACUAUGAGCAUCCAGCGUCCUCCCCAAUCUCGGGACAACCCCACACGCAUCACCCUGCCCUCCCACCCUGCCAUUGGGGGUCAGAAACCCCAGCUGCCCCACACCAUGGCACAGAAGCCCAUGUUCAGCAAUGUGACUCCUGUCGCGGCAGCAACUGUUGCCCCAAUAUUAGCCACCAAUACUGCUCCAUCGCCAAGCACUACGGGUAUGAUGCUGUUGUUGUGAUAGAGAUAGGUCUAACUAAUCUAUUUUCAUUCCAGCAUCAUAUUGACACUAUCAACUAUCAAGACCGACUGUUUCCUUUGUUCUGUUUUAAUGGUGUAAUAACCACAUUAUUGUAACUCACUCAGGACCUCACCCCCAAAUGACCAACAGUAACAUCGUCACCAUGACGAUGACCUCUCAUUCCUCCCACGCCACAGCAGUCACCACGUCCAACAUCCCUGUGGGUAAGUAUCUCAAUCAUUAAUGUUGAAGGAGUGCAAAGGCACCAAGCUACUCUCUGGAGUAACCUACUCCACAUUUCAUGUAAUGUUUACUUAUCUAAUAAGUAAUUGAUAGGAGUAGAGUGGCUAUUAAGAACAGUGACACAUUGAAUUAUCAACGGUCGAAUACAUUGCAUCAGAUUCUGUAAUGUUUAGCUUACAUUGAAUUUACAGAAGUCCCUACAGGGUGAUUUAUAUGUUGUAAGAUUACAAUUUCACCCAGCUGAUUGUACACCAUUCCACCUCCACCCUCUUCAGCUAAGGUGGUUCCCCAGCCGAUAGCCCACACCUCACCCAGGAUCCAGCCGGAGUACCCUGGAGAGAGGGGCAACCUGAUCCCCAUCUCUGGUCACCGCUCCUCCCCGAACCCCAUCACCAUGGAGGCCCGCAGUGACAACAGGUCAGCGACGAGGGCUGAUUGAUUCAUUUUUAUUUUGGGUUGACGAUACAUUUAAUCAACAAGACGAUUAUUUGAUCCAGAGGAUAGCGCAUGAAAACAUUUAUUUCCAAAGUGGUCCUCGUUGGUCCUCGGCUACAUCUCAAUAGUGUCAAAUGUCAGUCUCCUAAUUUCUGAUGUACUUGGAGUAAAUUCCUGGUUGUUAGUUGAAAGUUUUCGAUAUGGUUGUUUUAUUUCAUUCAUUUGAUAUGCAUGUUCCCCCACAGGCAAUCAGUGCCAGUGCAGUUCCAGUACUUCCUGCCUACCUACCCUUCUUCACCGUUCCCUCUGACACACACCUACACCCCCAUCACCAGCUCUGUGUCCACCAUCCGACAGUACCCAGGUACCAUUCUCCUCUCCCUCUUAACAGAAAGCUACAUCUGGCUCUAUGUGACUGCAACCAGUCAGAUAAUACUCUGUCGUUUUCACAGAGCCAGAUUGUUAACUCCUGAACACUCACUUUAAUCAAAAUUAUUGAUCAUUUUGUUAAUCAAUUACAUUUUUAAUAAGCUCUGACUUUCUAAGCUAUGUUACAUUUGAGGUUUUAGUCAUUUAGCAGACGCUCUUAUCCAGAGCGACUUACAGUUAGUGAGUGCAUACAUUUUCAUGUUCAACCUAAUUAUGCUCUAGUCUAAUCUACAUCUAUAAUACCAUCCUUCAUCCUGUGUGUCAAAUCCAAACCCAACAUCUCUCGGUUUCCUGUCACCCCUACAGUAACCCCUCAGGCUCCCAGCGGCACAGCCAUGCAGACCCAGACCAGUGUGGGCGUAGCGUCGGCGGUGCACCUCAACCCCAUGCAGCUGAUGACGGUGGACCGCAUCGCUCAGAUCAACACGCAGAACAUCCAGCCCGCCGGCAUGGCCACGCAGGGCAUCCAGCCAACCACCAUCAGUGCCCAGGGCCUUCACGCCACCACCGGUCAGAUCACUGCACAAAACAUCCAACCGGCGCCCAUCAACCCACAACAGCCAACCAAUGAGAACAAGACCUCAAGUGAGUUGGUGAACAAAGCAGUUUAAGUUUCUUUGAAAGUUAAAAUCAGGUCUGAGAUAUAUUAUGAAUAGAAUCAUUCUAUGCAUUUUCUCCAGUUUGGUUACAUUUAUUUUUAUGUCAUUUAUUGGAGAAAGGAAAAAAAGUAUUACUAUGAUUCACAACAGCUAUUCUUUUCAGACAACUAUUCAAAACAACUAUUCUGACAACAACAUUGCUCUGUCUUCUCAGUUGUGUUAGCAGACGGCUCUACUCUGGUAACCAACCCCAUCAGCCAGACGUUCGGCAGCAGUCAGCCGCCCACCUCUGUGGGGCAGACACACCCCCAGAACACUGGGCCUGGUGCCCCCACCCUGGUGUCCUCUCCCCGGCCUAGCAUCCUACGCAAGAAGCCUGCCAACGAGGGGUGAGUUUAGAAAACCCCUUACGGUUUUAUUUUGUGAAUGCUACUACUUACUAGAGCAGUUGUGGUCACCAACCCUUGUCAUGAGUAGGGCUGUUGCGGUGACCGUAUUACCGCCACUCCAGCGGUCACAAGUCAUGAAGGCAGUCAAAUUCCACGUGACCGUUUAAUCACGGUAAUUAGGCUUCUCCAAGCUCUGAUGCUGCUGAUGGUCAUAAGUAGCCUACCAAACUUGCUAACUACCUGGUACUCAGCGACCAUAGUCACCAAGAAAACAAUUGGUAACACACUACGCCGUGAAGGACUGAAAUCCUGCAGCGCCCGCAAGGUCCCCCUGCUCAAGAAAGCACAUAUACAGGCCCGUCUGAAGUUUGCCAAUGAACAUCUGAAUGAUUCAGAGGAGAACUGGAUGAAAGUGUUGUGGUCAGAUGAGACCAAAAUCAAGUUCUUUGGCAUCAACUCAACUCGCCGUGUUUGGAGGAGGAGGAAUGCUGCCUAUGACCCCAAGAACACCAUCCCCACCGUCAAACAUGGAGGUGGAAACAUUAUGCUUUGGGGGUGUGUUUCUGCUAAGGGGACAGGACAACUUCACCGCAUCAAAGGGACGAUGGACGGGGCCAUGUACCGUCAAAUCUUGGGUGAGAACCUCCUUCCCUCAGCCGGGGCAUUGAAAAUGGGUUGUGGAUGGGUAUUCCAGCAUGACAAUGACCCAAAACACACGGCCAAGGCAACAAAGGAGUGGCUCAAGAAGAAGCACAUUAAGGUCCUGGAGUGGCCUAGCCAGUCUCCAAACCUUAAUCCCAUAGAAAAUCUGUGGAGGGAGCUGAAGGUUUGAGUUGCCAAACGUCAGCCUCGAAACCUUAAUGACUUGGAGAAGAUCUGCAAAGAGGAGUGGUACAAAAUCCCUCCUGAGAUGUGUGCAAACCUGGUGGCCAACUACAAGAAACGUCUGACCUCUGUGAUUGCCAACAAGGGUUUUGCCACCAAGUACUAAGUCAUGUUUUGCAGAGGGGUCAAAUACCUAUUUCCCUCAUUAAAAUGCAAAUCAAUUUAGAUUUUUUUUUACAUGCCUUUUUCUGGAUUUUGUUGUUAUUCUGUCUCUCACUGUUCAAAUAAACCUACCAUUUAAAAUUAUAGACUGAUCAUGUCUUUGUCAGUGGGCAAACGUACAAAAUCAGCAGGGGAUCAAAUACUUUUUUCCCUCACUGUAGGACUACCUAUUUCUUUGUUAACCGCUCAACACAGAAUAUCCCCGCGACACAGUUGGCAUCAGUUGCUGGGAUUGCUAGUCUCUUUCCAGUGAUCCUGCUGACCAAGGAUGGGUCUGAGGAGCUAUUUGGCGUUGCAGCUAGCCUAGCUGCUAGCUAGCAGCAUAUCAAGCUAGUAGGGUUUUCUUGAGGGCUUGAACGCAGGCCGCGACGCGGUUAGCCAUUGUGGCUGGGACCGCGGAUUGUCCCGGGUUUGUGGCUGUCUAGAUCCCUGCUGUUUGUUGUUUUCAAUCUUUCCUGUGACCUGCCCUGUCUGGAACUGCGAGGAGUAACAGCGUAACCUACGUUGCUACCAUGACAAAGACCAAAGCCGGCGGGAGUACCGUUGUCGUGGAAAGUGGCGGUUCUCUAUCACACGUGAAGGAUCUUUUGAACAAACAAAAAUAGUUCUACAAGCAGUUGUUACAACAACAAGAAAAUAGCGUCAAGUGCUUUGUCCAAAUACUGGUGGAUUCAACUAAUAAAAUAAUGGACGACCUGACCAGAGAGGUCCAGGACCUAAAGAACAGUUUGCAGUUCUCCCAGGGUCAGCUCAAUGAGUUGAAACAGGAGAACGGCAAUAUUACAGCAGUCUGUAAGUCAUUCAGAGAGGACAUCAGUUCUGUGUGUGAAUCCAUGAUAACAAUGACGGAUAAAUCAGGCUCAAGGGACAUUCAAGGCGUAACAACAUGGUUGUGGAUGGAAUUGCAGAAUCUCCACAUGAGACCUGGACAGAGUCUGAGGACAAAGUGAGGGAAAUGAUCUGUGAGAAAUUGAAGAUGGACCACAGGAAGAUUGAGGUGGAGCGCGCCCACAGGACUGGAAAACCCACCACCGGCCCAGGUGACAGGCCCAGCCGAUAGUGGUCAAGUUCCUGAGGUUCAAGGACAAGGUAACUGUUCUGGAAAGAGCCAAGAACUUGACCUGUGUCAUUGCCAACAAAGGGUAUAUAACAAAGUAUUGAGAAACUUUUGUUAUUGACCAAAUACUUAUUUUCCACCAUAAUUUGCAAAUAAAUUCAUAAAAAAUCCUACAAUGUGAUUUUCUGGAUUUUUUUUCCUCAUUUUGUCUGUCAUAGUUGACGUGUACCUAUGAUGAAAAUUACAGGCCUCUCUCAUCUUUUUAAGUGGGAGAACUUGCACAAUUGGUGGCUGACUAAAUACUUGUUUUCCCCACUGUAGCCUUAGCAAGUUAUUGAUUUCAUGAACCUUAUUUCUAACAUCAGAUAACAUUAAUAUAUUAGCCAUUUCUGAGACUCACUUCAUUUGAUAAUACAUUUGAUGAUACAGCAGUAGCAAUACAAGAAUAUAACAUCUAUAGAAGAGACAGAAAUGCUAAUGGGGGAGGUGUUGCUGUAUAUAUUCAGAGCCAUAUCCCUGUAAUGCUUAGAGAAAAUGUUGUGGUUGCAGGUGUUGUGGUUGCAGGUUCACUUGCCACAUCUAAAGCCUUUUCUUUUGGGGUGUUGCUAUAGGUCACCAAGUGCGAACAGUCAGUAUCUAAAUAAUAUGUGUGAAAUGGUUGAUGGUGUAUGAUUUAAACAGAAAGGUCUACUUUCUUGGGGACCUGAAUAUUGACUGGUUUUCAUCUAGCUGUCCACUUGAGGAAGCUUCUUACUGUAACCAGUGCCUGUAAUCUGGUUCAGGUUAUUAAUCAACCUACCAGGGUGUUUACAAACACUACAGGAACAAGAUCAUCCACAUGUAUUGAUCACAUUUUUACUAAUACUGUAGAACUUUGUUCUAAAGCUGUAUCCGUACCCAUUGGAUGCAGUGAUCACAAUAUAGUGGCUAUAUCCAGGAAAGCCAAAGUUCCAACAGCUGGGCCUAAAAUAGUGUAUAAGAGAUCAUACAAAAGAUUUAGCUGUGACUCAUAUAUGGAUGAUGUAAAAAAUAUUUGUUGGUCUGAUGUGAUUAAUAAGGAGCAUCCAGACACUGCACUUGAUUAAUUUAUGAAAUUGCUUCUUCCAAUUAUUGAUAAACAUGCACCUGUUAGGAAACUGACUGUCCAUGGAUUGAUGAGGAAUUGAAAAACUGUAUGGUUGAAAGAGAUGGGGCAAAAGGAGUGGCUAAUAAGUCUGGCUGCACAUCUGACUGGUUGACUUACUGCAAAUUGAGAAAUUAUGUGACUAAACUCAACAAAAAUAAGAAACUGUAUUAUGAAGCCAAGAUAAAUGAUAUAAAGAAUGAUGGAAAAAAACUUUGGAGUACUUUAAAUGAAAUUAUGGGCAGAAAGACAUUCAACUCCAUCUUUCAUUGAAUCAAAUGGCUUAUUCAUCACAAAACCAUUUGAUGUUAUUUUGAUGAACAGUGAGACAGCGUAUUCAUGCAUAAAAAAACAAAUGAUGAAAGAAAAGCAUUGCAAGUUUGAAUUUUGUAAAGUUAGUGUGGGAGAGGUGUAAAAAUGGUUAUCGAUCAAUAAUGACAAACCUCCUGGCAUUGACAACUUAGAUGGAAAGCUACUGAGGAUGGUAGCUGACUCUAUAGCCGCUCCUAUCUGUCAUAUCUUUAAUCUGAGCCUAGAGGAAAGUCUUUGUCCUCAGGCCUGGAGGGAAGCCAAAGUCAUUCCGCUACCCAAGAAUGGUAAAGCGGCCUUUACUGGUUCUAACAGCAGACCUAUAAGCUUUCUGACAGCUCUUAGCAAACUGUUGGAAAAAUUGUGUUUGACCAAAUACAAUGUUAUUCUCUGUAAACAAAUUAACAACAGACUUUCAGCAUGCUUAUAGGGAAGGGCACUCAACAUGUACUGCACUGACACAAAUGACUGAUGAUUGGUUGAAAGAAAUGGAUAUUAAGAAGAUUGUGGGAACUGUGCUGUUAGAUUUCAGUGCAGCCUUUGAUAUUAUUGACCAUAGCCUGUUGUUGAAAACACAUAUGUGUUAUGGCUUUUCAACCUCUACCAUAUCGUGGAUUCAGAGCUAUCUAAUAGAACUGAGGGUUUUCUUUAAUGGAAGCUUCUCUAAUGUCUAACAUGUAAAGUGUGGUGUACCACAGGGCAGCUCUCUAGGCCCUCUACUAUUUUCUAUUUUUACCAAUGACCUGCCACUGGCAUUAAACAAAGCAUGUGUGUCCAUGUAUACUGAUGAUUCAACCAUAUACACAUCAGCAACCACAGCUAAUGAAGUCACUGAAACCGUAACAAAGAGUUGCAGUCUGUUUUGGAAUGGGUGGCCAGUAAUAAACUGGUCCUGAACAUCUCUAAAACUAAGAGCAUUGUAUUUGGUACAAAUCAUUCCCUAAGUUCUAGACCUCAGCUGAAUCUGGUAAUGAAUGGUGUGGCUGUUGAACAAGUUGAGGAGACUAAAUUACUUGCCGUUACCUUAGAUUGUAAACUAUCAUGGUCAAAGCAUAUAGAUUCAAUUGUUGUAAAGAUGGGGAGAGGUCUGUCCGUAAUAAAGAGAUGCUCUGCUUUUUUGACACCACACUCCAAAAAGCAAGUUCUGCAGGCUCUAGUUUUGUCUAAUCUUGAUUAUUGUCCAGUCGUGCGGUCCAGUGCUGCAAGGAAAGACCUAGUUAAGCUGCAGCUGGUCCAAAACAGAGCGGCACGUCUUGCUCUUCAUUGUAAUCAGAGGGCUGAUAUAAAUACUAUGCAUGCCAGUCUCUCUUGGCUAAGAGUUGAGGAGAGACUGACUGUAUCACUUCUUUUUAUAAGAAACAUAUGUUGAAAAUCCCAAAUAGUUUGCAUAGUCAACUUACACACAGCUCUGACACACACACUUACCCCACCAGACAUGCCACCAGGGGUCUUUUCACAGUCCCCAAAUCCAGAACAAAUUCAAGGAAGCGUACAGUAUUAUAUAGAGCCAUUAUUGCAUGGAACUCCAUUCCAUCUCAUAUUGCUCAAAUUAACAGCAAACCUGGUUUCAAAAAACUGAUAAAGUAACACCUCACGACACAACGCCUCUCCCCUAUUUGACCUAGAUAGUUUGUGUGUAUGUAUUGAUAUGUAGGCUACGUGUGCCUUUAACAAAAAUGUAUGUAGUUCUGUUCUUGAGCUGUUCUUAUCUAUUAAUGUUCUGUAUUAUGUCAUGUUUCAUGUUUUGUGUGAACCCCAGGAAGAGUAGCUGCUGCUUUUGCAACAGCUAAUGGGGAUCCUAAUAAAAUAUAAAAUAGCCGAAUGUGCGCACUCUCUCAAAUCAUUGGGAGAUUUGUUCAAUUGUAUUCUUCAUACUAUAAAAUAGCCUCCCGAGUGGCACAGCAGUCUAAGGCACUGCAGUGCUAGAGGUGUCUGCUCUAAGCAAAUCUUGUCUGCUAAUUGACCUAGUGUAGCCCACAGCCAUAUGGCAUAGCCAGAUCAGUGCCUAACAUGAAGACAACUCAGAGUAUGCUAUUCUGUUCUUCUGAACUAGACUACAUUUUCUUCAUAUCAUGUUUAGACCUGUCUAAAAUAGAUAAUAUAUUUAUUGUGAAGGUGUGGUCUAUAUUACACAGAUUUAUAAGACUUUUUAAAAUGUAGAUGUUCCAAAGGUCUGCAUCAGUGGCUUAUAGGCUGUGUGUGGAAGCCAGGAGAUGUUAAAUGUUUUUAUGUUAAUUAACGGUCACUUACCGUGAGACCGACAGUUAUUUGCUUGACAAUCACCAGCUGACGAAAUUGUGACCGCCACAGCCCUAUUCAUGAGCAGCUACAGUUUGAGUAGGCUUUUCUUUUAUCACAGCACUAACCUGUGUCUGUUUUCCCUAUAAAGGUCUGCAGUGAGGAAGAACUUGAUCCCAGAGGCCACCAGCCCCAGGAUAGACGGAGGAAUCAGGCAUGCAUCAGGGUUUCCACGCCCAGCAGGGUAAGACUUAGCACUGCACAUUGUUAGUAGGCACUGAUCAAAGACUAUGCUGUGUGCACACGCUGGAAUCCUCUGGUGAACCGCAUACUCUAGUAUUAAUAACAUCUUGUAGUUGAAAAUGUACUUUAAAAUGAUUGGGUGGUUGAUUAUCUUUUCCCUGUCCUCCCAGUGUGAAGCACAAGCCUGAUCUCCACGUGUCCCUGGCUCCCCUGGUGACGUCAUCCUCCAUGGAGGCUCUGCCCAGCCAUCAGACCAAUGAACAGCAGCAGCACCCCGGAGCCCCGCCCCACCAGCACCCCUCUCAGCCAAUCCAGACGCUCCUCUCAGUGUCAGCACCCCCACAUUCACAGCCUGGCCCCGCCCUGUCCGCCAUCACUCCACCAAUCUUGUCUAUGGCCAACGUGGUGGUUCCAGCUACCCAGUCAGCGGCCAGUAGCACUGCGGCAUGUGGAAUAAGCUCCACCCUCCCUGAGAUCAAGAUAAAGCAGGAGGUGGAGGCCAUGGAUACCUCCAAACCAGGUACAUUUUAAAUUGAAAAAAUAAUUUGCCACGAUAUUGUCUUUAACUUUUUUUUUUAUUGGUGUUCUUCUAUUGCUGAUCUAGGAUCGUAAAAAAAAUAAUAUCAAAAUAGAUCAGCAUUCCUACUCUGAGACACUUUGUGUAUACGGGCCCUGAACUAUUGAUCUCCUUGUUCUUCCUCUCUCCCUCCAGGUCCCCCCAUGCCCCAUGGUGGUGCCCCCUUGUUGUCCAUGAUGCCCGGUGGGGAUGUGACCCCCGGGGCCUCCCCCAGGAAGAAGCCCCGGAAGCAGCAGCAUGUCAUCUCCACGGAAGAGAGCGAGAUGAUGGAGACCAACAGCACGGACGAGGAGAAGGUCCUGGCCAGACCCCUCAGCAUGAGGGCCGAGAAACGCAAGUCGCCCCUCAAGGAGUACAUAGGUAGGAGAAAGAAGAUACUCAACCUCUUUAUUCAUGAUUCACAUGUCCAGGUUAAGGGUAAGCUUGCUGCAGUUACGGUAGGCAACAUGCUAAUUUCUCUAAGACCUAAUUUCUCUACAUUUGACCUUGUAAGUGACAACUGUACGUUUCUCUUCCCUGCAGAUGAGGAGGGGGUGCGUUACGUCCCCACCCGUGCUCGCCCCCCGGUCACCCUCCUCCGCCACUACAGGAACCCUUGGAAGGCUGCCUACCACCACUUCCAGAGAUACAGCGACAUCCGGGUCAAAGGUCAGACCAAUGUCUUUAUUAUUGAUAACAUUAAAUCAUAACUGUAUUUAUAAUGCAUUUUCAUACAUUCUGGGUUCUAAGAGCUUGUUGUGGGACUGAAAUGCACUUAAUGGGACUAAAAUGCGGCAGGUAGCCUAGCGGUUAGAGCGUUGGGCCCGUAACCGAAAGGUCCCUAGUUCGAAUCCUCGAGCCAACAAGGUGAAAAAUCUGUCUAUGUGCCCUUGAGCAAGGCACUUAACCACAGGAGGCUGCUGCUCAUAAUAAUGGCCGGAAUCGAAACCAUGUGUUUGAUACCAUUCUGCUCCACUCCAGCCAUUUCCACGAGCCCGUUCUCCCCAAUUAAGGUGCCAUCAACCUCCUGUGCACUUAAUCCUAAUUGCUCCAGGGUCGCUGUUGAUAAUGGCAGAUCCUGGCCGUGACCCCACUCUCCGAGGGUGUCUCAGGGAGAGUUGGGAUAUGCAACAAAAAAAACAUACACACUUGUACAAUUCACACAUGCGUAUUAAUACACACUUGUACAUGUGUGAAAUUGGACCAAUAUAAGCACCAACCAAAUUACCCACGACAGAUUAUAUGCUAAACUGGCUAAAGACGUGGAUGAUUUCAUUAUCACACCUCUUGCCCACAUUUUCAAUGUAUCAUUUGCAAAGGGCAUUGUGCCCUAUGAACUGAAAAUGGCCAAAAUUGUUCCUAUUCAUAAAGCCGAUCCAGCAAACUUGACAAAUUACAGACAAUCUGAAUUUCGCCGGAUAUAAAAAAUAUUUUUGAAGCUUUCAUAUAACGGAUAAAUGAAAUAUCUAUUAUGCAAACAUCCGUAUGGCUUCAGAAAAUCUCUCUCUAUUUAAUUGACGAAAUACAUAAAACAAAUGAUCGCAAAGAUCAUACAUUAGGUAUUUUCGGGAUCUCUCAAGAACUAGGGAUGGGCAUUUGAAAUUAUUUCACUAUUCAAAUAUUAUUUUUUUCCCCCGGAAAUACAUGCGUUUUAAAGAAAAACAUUUUUGGAGACUUGCUUGCGCGACUCGGGAGAGAGCUGAGGUGCGUUCAGUUCGCUUGAACGUUUGCUACAUUGCGGAAAGGUUUGUACUGAACGGCAAGUUUCCCCCAAACAUUCUUGUAUGUUCUUGAACAGACUUUAAGGUACGUUUGCUCCUGUUUGGUGGGUGUGGCGAGGUAUGGCUUGAAGCAAUGAGUGAAUUAUUUAAAGGGCAGUGGCCGUGCUGACAGGGUUCCACAACCCAACCCCUCGUUAAAAAUAAAAAACUUGAAACUAGGGCGUGAAUGAACAAUCUCUGCUUUGGUUUUCCAGCUAUCUAAAGGAUAGAAAGCAAUAUGUGACUUUCAAAGGAAUAGAGAAUAAGUGUAGUGUGCCGCAGGGAUCAAUUCUUGGACCCUAUUAUUCUUUUAUCUAUAUAAAUGAUCAGCCCAAAGCAUCCAAAGUGCUCUCCCAGAUAUUGUUUGCUGAUCAUAUAAGUGUGUUUUACUCUCACAGAAAUCUCAAUUACCUUAUUAAUGUUGUUAAUUAUGAACUGUGUAAUAUCUCAGUGGUUUCAAAUCAACAAAUUGUCACUGAAUCAAAAAAAAAUGAAGAUUUAGUCCAAAGAACAGAAAAUACAAUAAAGACUAUAUAUACCACAGUAUGAAUCAUAAUACCCAUAAAACCUAGCGGUCAAACAGGGAAAUGGUUCCAACCGUUUUUCCACCAUUCAUUUUUCCCAUAGGAGAUUUUAGAAACACUUACAAUAAGGGCUGUGUUUCGUGUAGGCUUACCCUGGCGUGAUGUUUUGAUUACUGUGUAAAUCUCUCUAGGACAAGUGGCUUUUGUCGAUUUAAUAUGCCUGUUGAUCAAGCCUGUACGACCCUCUUUCUUGGUGUUUUGAUUGAUGAUGAAUUGUCAUGGAAACCACAAAGACUAUAACCUCUAAGAUCAGAAAUACGAGGAGACUUGGCAAAAUUAGAUAUCUCAUAAACCGAAGCACUGCUCUGUCUCUAUUACACAAUGAUCUUCCCAUUCAUCAGUUACUGUAACAUUACAUGGGCCAGCACACAGCAUACCAAACUACUAUCAAUCUUUCGCCUGCAGAAACGCUCUGUAAAAAUAAUAAUGUCUGCCGGUUUUAGAGACCAUUUAUCACCACUUUUCAAACAAUUAGGACUGAAUAUUUAUUCAAGGAAUUCUCUUCAAGUUGCUCAAUUUGUUUACGGCUCUUUAAAUCACUAACUACCCGCUUUCUUCAAAAACGAUUUCACUGCCACAUGAAUUCCAUAACUACUAACAAUUAACAGACAACAGCUACGGCACCCACAUUCAAGAACAACCAAUUCCGAAUGACCUACAGAGGCCCUAUGAUCUGGAACUCACUCCCGCCUGAUUUUGCCAAGCUAUCCCCGUCAUUGUACUGAAAGAAAUUUGAGGCAACUACUGUCCAUCACAGCUCUACGCCCCAGUAGUUUGGCUUACUGCUUAGAUUUUAUUUUAUUUGACCUCUUUUGCAUUUAUUUGUCCACACUGUGUGAUUUAUGACCACUGGGGGGGGGGGGGCGGUGCUACUCAACAAGCCCUGGGCUUUUUCCCCCUCCUGCACAUAGUUUUUUAUUUUAUUUUACUUUGUACAAACUGUCUUUCUAUUUUGCAAAGAAAUUAACUAAAAACUAAAUGUAUAUUAUAAAAUGUGCUUUUCGAGGGACUGAAAUUCAAUUUUUUGGGGGACUGAAAUUAUAUUAUUCUGGGUCUGAAAUGCGCUAAUUGAGGACUGAAAUGCCAGUGAUGCUCUGGAGGCUUUUUGAUGUUGAAUUGUUUAUUUAUUGUUUUGUUUGGACAAUCUAAAUUACACAACAAUUAUUACAACAACAUCACACAAGGUUAUUAUUCUCACCAGAUGUUAAAAUGCAUACAUAGGAAAACAUUUAGAAAUCACACAUACACAAAUCAAGAGGACGACUUUCUAUUGUGCUAUGUGCACUGUGAUGCAAAACUGGAAGGUGUAGUAUGCUAUGAAAGCGAGUGUCAUUUGUUGACUUCAAAUUUUUUGGAGACAUCACAAAAUGCUAAUCAGGGAAAUGCUAUUUAAAUUGCUAGCAAAUGACCAGUCACUUUCAUAGCACACACAUUACAUGACUAGGGCUUAGAGUUUAUCCCUGCCAUGUAACCUGACCAGGAAAAACUCCUGACCCUAGUUAUAGUUAAAUAGCUUAAUGGUGUGUGUUGUUGAAGGUAUUACUGGAUUAUAUUAUAAUAUGGCUUUAAUGGUGCGUUGUCAUGGUUUCAGAGGAGAAGAAGGGCACCCUGCAGGACGUAGCUAAUCAGAAAGGGGUGGUGUGCAGAGCGCAGGGCUGGAAGAUGCACCUGUGUGCUGCACAGCUCAUGCAGUUGGUGAGAGAAACACUACUUCCCUUUGCAAUGAUCUUUGUAUAGAGAGUACAGUUACUCAGUGCAGUCAACUUUUAAGCAUUAUGAAAAGAGAACUUAAGAGUUACGAAGUUGGAGGUGGAGCGAAAAGGGAUGACACUUGAACAUUUUACCGAAGUGGAUCUCAGUCUCACGUCAGAUGGCACGACGACUGUCUGCACUGAUAGUGCUUCAUGGCAACGCAUCACGUUAUGACGUGGCUGUCGGAAGACAAUGACGUGGAUCUAAAACCAGAGAUCUUCUUAGACCAAGAUACUUGUCCUCCUGAAUAAGUCAGUUGUGAUGUUGUACUGUAGUGUUGUAUUGGUCUUUAUACGUCUCUCCUCUCUCUAUCGCUAGACUAAUCUGGAGCAUGACGUGUAUAGCCGCCUCACUACCCUCCAAGAGGGUCUGAUCCCAAAGAAGAAGGCCGGGUCAGAUGAUGACCUGCACCGUAUCAAUGAGCUCAUACAGGUCAGAGGUCAAACACGAGACAACACAGCUUUUACAAAUAAAUAAGUCUGCUGCUCAUGGAUAGGAACAGAGUUUUCCCAGACCACGUGACCUAACCAGGAAAUACUCUAGGCCCUAGUUAUAGCCUACAAACCACAUAUGUUUUCACAUCACUAUCUGACUGACCACAAGUUUACAAUAUCUAAGAACUCACUAUUCCCAUAAACACUACUACUACACACUAUUAUAACCAGGCAUGCCGCCCUCUAGCAGUAUUUGGGAUGAUUUUGAUCAAUUCCACAGGCAGCUUUAUACCAUUUCUGAGGACUCAGGGGAAAUUCUACCUGGGCCUAGUCUUUGUUAUGAAUGUCAGUCAGCCAUUUUGAAUUGUCUCUCCCUCCCCUUUUUCCAGGGUAACAUGCAGCGCUGUAAGCUGGUGAUGGACCAGAUCACUGAGGCUAGAGACUCCAUGAUGAAGGUGCUGGACCACAAGGAGAAAGUCAUGAAGCUAAUCAACAAGAAUGGUGGAGCCAAGAAAGUCAACAAGCUGAAGCGCAAGGACAAAGCC